AGAGCCUCUCUGGCGGGCCGGAGGCGGCGCUGUGUCUCUGCGAUCGAUUGAGGCUCCCUUGGCGGUCUCCGGGCCCGGCCGGGGCGCGGGCUGGUGUGUAGUUCCCGGCUCCGGGCCGCCCCGUGGCUGGGGGAGCGGAGAGGGGCGGCGAGCGGGGUUGCCCGUACCCCCGCCAUGUGGCGCGUGGCCCGGGCCUGGACCGCCUGCUUGCGGCCUCCCCGGCAGUGCCGCCCCCCGGGGCCGCGCUUUGACAGCAGGGGGGCAGCGACCGUGGCGGUGGAGCCCGCGGCGGGGCUGGCGGACGAGCCGGUGGCGACCAAGGUGCUGGGGCUCGCCCCGGGGCAGCGGGUGACGCUGAGGGGACUCGUGGCGAACGAGCAGGGCUGCCUCUUCGACUCCUGCGCCCACUACCUGGCGGACAGUCUCGGGGAGCUGGACCUGUCCAGGGACACUGCCCAGGGAGGGGACUACACUGGGGUGGAGCCCAUGGGGCUGUUCUGGAGCCUCUCCCCCGCCGGCAUGGAGAGACCCUACCAGAGGCUCGUGCCGAAGCAGAUUAAGACUCCCAUGAAGGUGGAGGUAUCAGUUCACCAAGGGCACAGUCAGCCUGGCAGCAUCCCGGGGCAGGUCCUCGCCAAGACCAAUGUGGAGAGAUGGUUCACUGCCCCCGGGGUGCGAAGGAUUAGGCUGAAAGAGGGCAGCGUGAGGGGCAGCCUGUUCCUACCCUCAGGGGACGGCCCCUUUCCAGGAGUGAUCGACAUGUUUGGUGAUGAAGGUGGAUUGAUGGAGUUCAGAUCCAGUCUCCUAGCCACCCGUGGCUUUGCUGCUCUUUCUCUGCCCUAUUUUGACUUUGAGGAUCUGCCCACGGUCAUGAAGGAUUUGCACCUCGAAUACUUUGAGGAGGCAGCUAGAUUUCUACAGCGUCACCCAAAAGUGAAAGGGCCAGGGAUUGGAGUGAUUGGGACAGGGAAAGGGGCAGAAUUGGCAUUUUCCAUGAUUACUUUCCUGCCACAGGUGGUAGCUGCUGUCUGUAUCUCUGGCUGUAGCUCCAAUACGAUCACUGCUCUUCACUAUGGUGAGCUAACUCUGCCUGGGCUGCACUUUGACACGAGCAAGAUCAGCAUUUCUGAGACUGGUGUGUUUGAUAUUUUUGAUGCUCUGGAUGACCCAAUGGAUCCAGCUAAUUCCCACUGCCUCAUCCCCAUAGAAGAAGCAGAAGGUUUGUGGGGAGGAGGCAGUGAAGGUACUCUGCUCAUGAUCCUAUACCAAAUAGGUUUCUGCUAAAAAGGUCAGCAGUGAAAUAGUUAAAUGACGACAUUAAUUUUGCCCCCACAAGGCUUCAGAGAUGAAUGAUGCAGUUCAUACUUCUUGGAGUUUUUGCAUUUCUCUUGUCAGUCUCCAGACCAAGAUAACACUACCUCAGUUACAGUUCUGUUCCCUUUUGCGAGAUUUUCCACUUUCCAGUUCCUUCCAAACUUACACAAAUCCAUCUUGCUUUCUGCCUCAGAAGAUUCUAUGGGAUCCAAGCAAAGGUCCCUAGUUUCUGUACUACUUCAUCUGUGUUACAAUGGCUGAUUUUUAUGAAGAUGAGCUUUACUCUUGCCAGUGUAAGAUAUCCCUUUACUGUUAGAUGUCUGUAAAGUGCUUUAAACAUGAAAUGCGCUGUAAGUAUAACCACUACAGAGAAAGCGUAACUUGCAUGACAAUAGGAUACUCUAACUAUUUACUUUGAAGUGAUGACACGCAGAGGGAAUGUCACCAGACCAUCAAAUUCUGCUGCAGCAAAAGAGCUGAAGUAGAGCCUUGCAUGUCUCCCCCACUAAAGAAACCAAAAGUCAACCAAAUGAGUCAGUCUGUCACGGGCAGCACAUGUAUUAUGGGACAGACAACCUUGUUCUCUCCUUUCCACCCGCUUUAAGACAUAGCGCGUGAAACUGCUGCCAACUCAAUGGCCGUACCUGCUAGCAUGCCAUCUUGGCCACUAGAUGCGGUAGCGAUGUCAGCCAAGCUGGGUGGGGGUCGCUGGCCUGUCCCCCAGAGCAGCUGCAAGUGUCAGACUGAAGGGGGCCCAGCAAAGUGCACAGGGCCUGUCAGGAUGGGCAGAUAGCAGCCCUCUGACACCCACUGCACGCUCACCACGGACCACAGCAGAGAACUGGAAAGACAAUACCCGGUAUCCCACAAUGCACUGACCAUGUCUGGUAAGCAUUGCCAAGUCUCACAAGAAAAAAAAAAAGUGGCACUACAUUUCAAAACAAGACCAACCCAUUUCAGAGGGAGUGUUUUUAUACAAAUGCCAUGAUUUUUUUUUUUUAGUAAUAAUGUAAGAACACACAAAUGUAUGUAACCCUUCUGCCAGGUGGAGUCGGCAGCAACCAGGGCCAGGUUCAGUAUCUAGGGGUUUUUCCUUUAACAAUACAACACAAAAGUGGCUCAAGCCCUUACCUAGUACCUGGGACAAUUACAGGCUGCUGCUCCUGAUGCAGUGUUACCUUGGUUUGGAGAAAGAGAAGAGAGAUGCAAAAGUUUAAACAAAGUAAAGUAACUGGAGAAGUAGCAAAAAGAAAAUGCGCUAAACUCUCCCUUACAUUAAUAUGAACUGUAAUCAGUUAAAAUAGUAGGCAAACAAUUUUCAGAAAAAGAUUUUUUUUAAGUUCAUAAUGCCCCUUUAAAUGUGUUUGUUAAAAAAUAAAACAAAAAACUCUUCUUUUGGGAAUACUAACAGUAAGUGAGUAUGAAUGCGAAUCUUGUGUUAUCUUAACAGGGAGAUUUGUGAAGGGGGGUGAGGGGUGAGUGUAUGACUAAGCAGUUGUCUGUGUUUAACCAGCUAUGCUAUGGCAAGGAAGAGAGUAUCUCUAACUUUGAGAUUGUGGGAAAUAGCUGUUUGUCUGUGCAGAAAAGCAGUUUUUAUAUAGAAGGAAUUUCUGAAUGUCCAUCUAAUAUCUCAGAAGUGAAUGUGGAAUUAGAUGAAGCACAGGAAGAACUCAUUGCUCAGGAAAAUGUUUCUUUAGAGCAGAUUAAAGUUAAUAGUCAGGUUAAAGCCCUAAUUGAGGAAGGGAAGGGCAGAUUUUUUGUGGGUGAUGGAUUGCUGACAAGUAAAGUUUGUGCAAGUAAGCCAGAACAAAAUAGAAGCAAUUCACUUAAAGUAGCUCAGUAUGAUGAGCCACUGUUUGUGGUAAACAGCUGUUUACCUGUUGAGGGAGAAACUGUAUCCAAUUGUUUGUCUGUUGGGAGUGGCAACUUGCCUGUUAAGGAACCCUUCCCACUCUCGCAGUAUUUGUCUGUAGUCGGCCAGGGGUGCUGUGAUAAGGAAGAAAAAGGCAAAGAAAAUUUAGGUGAGUCUAGGCAGCCUUGUGAGCCAAUGGCUUUGGGCAUGGCUACACUUCGAUGUAGAGCGCUUUGAGUUAAACCAGCCUUCAUAGAGCGCAGUAGGGAAAGUGCUGCAAUCUCUCCACACUGACAGCCACAUUAGCAGCUCUUGCAGUGGCCACAGAGAGCAGUGUAUUGUGGUAGCUAUCCCAGCAUGCAAGUGGCUGCAACGUGCUUUUCAAAUGGGGGUGGUGUGAGACAGGGAGUGUGUUGUGUGUAUGUCCGGGGAGAGAGAGUGGGUUUUUUUUUUUUUUUUUUUGGGGGGGGGGGGGGGGGGCUGAGAGCAUGUCAGCAUGCUGUCUUCUAAGUUCAGACAGCAGCAGGACCCCCCCUCCCCCAGCAUUCUACAGUAAUGGUUGCUUUGUCUCAGAGCAGAUAAGCAUGCCGGCUGUCAGAAACAGAGCUUUCAAAGGGCAUAUCCGCAUUCCUCCAGCGAGUUCAAAACGAUGGGAAGAGUGGCCACUUGACUUAAGGGGAUUAUGGGAUGUUUCCAGAGGCUGAUCAGAGCACAGUAAUGCAACACCUCGUUCACACCGAUGCCCAGGUUUUUCAGCCAAGGCGCAACAAGCGUUAAUCUUCUCACCGAGGUGGAGUACCAGAAGUGCUCUAGCCAUCGAGUCAGAGCACUCUCACUAUGCAUCCACACUGGCAAGGCAUGUAGUUAGGGCAUCCGGGACUGCUUUAAUGUGCUCUAACUCGCAAGUGUAGCUUGAGUCUAAUCAGCAGUUUGGGAAGGCAAGGUUAGUGAAACAUGAGUAUCUCUAUGCCUUACCUGUUACCAUUGUGAAGAGUUGUGACUAUUAAGGAAAUGUUCUCGUGUCUGUUAGUGGUAAUGACUCGCCUAUGGAGGGAGCUACCCCAAUCUCCAAGCAGUUAUCUGUGAACUGCCAAGUGUGCUGGGACAAGGGAAAGGAAAUCCAAAAUUGUUUGUCUGUUGAGAAUAGCAGCAUGUUUGUCUCCAUCCAGUCUUUUGUCUGUGGAGUAGACAGAAAGUGCCUCUCAGCUUAUGUUGGUUGUGGAGUUGUCAAUUGUUCCAGAGCUGGUUCUGGACUUAAAUGUCUACUUCCCUCCUGGGUUUCAGUUGCCUGUGGUCCCAGAAUUGGUUCUGGACAUAACUGAAGCACAGAAAGAUCCUGAACAGCAACAGAUUCUUUUAGAGAGGGAAGAUUUGGUAGCUAGUUUUGCAGAGCAGAGCAGUCUUAUUUUUGAACCCUCAAGAAUACAGGGCGGAGAAGCCAGAAUCUCAUCUCUAGAUCCUUUGUGUAUGUCCUGUAGUACCCUAGUGGGCUCAGGCACAGCUGUUCCUGUGUGGAACCAAGAGUUGAAAGUGGGGAAUAAGCAGAAUUCUGAUUCUGACUUGUUGGUAGGAAUUGAAUUGAUUAUGUUCCUGUAAAACAGAGUCCAGUCCCUAAGCUCGUGGUGGAUCCAAAAGCAAGCAUAUGGGGGGGGGGGGUGAGGAAGGGAAAUUACAUCUGCGUUGUGCCACACCAGUCCUCUCGGGAACAAAUAAAAAAGAAUCACAAUCCUGGGGGUGGGAAAGGGACUGGGAGAGGGUGCUACUCAAUGUCAUCAUGGGGGAAGGAGAGAUGUAGGCUGCUCCCAGCCUCCCCACUCCUUGAUGCUAUCCUGGUAUUGGGCAUGGGGCAAUUGAUCCCCCCCACACACAGCAGGACUAUGGUGAAACAGCACUGGGUGGGUAGAGAACAGCCCCUCCCCCACAGUGGAGCAAGGAGCCUAGUGCCAUGUGUGUGUCAAGGCAGACACCCCCUGCCAGAACCCCAGACGGGGGGGGGAGGGGGGAGCAUAGGGGACCCCCCCCAUCAUGCCAGGGGACAGCAGACCCAUGGAGGAGAGGCGCAGGAGACUAAGACAAGGAGUUGAUGCUAAUGAAAAACCCUGUGAAAAUGUGUAACAUGCCUGAUUUUUGAAGAAAAAAAUUGUACAUGUUAGGAAUGGUGACAAGACAAUCCCACAAGCAUGUUGGUUUUCAGCUUAUACUUGUAAACAAUCUGGAAGCUUGGCACAGCAGCAAAAAGCAUAACAGGCCUACACUGCUGUGUGGAAGGGGAAACUGAGGCACAUCACCUCAUGGCAUUGGUGUCUAAAUACCAAGACACCUACACUUUAACAGAUAUUGCUAUCCGCAUUCUAUUAGCAAUGCUACACCCCAACAUAUUUUCAGGCACCUGGGGAUCAGGAACCCAGAACUUUGCAAGUACCCCUAUGUACAGCAUUACAGUGUUUAAUAACAUUGGAUGGGGGUAUGACCACAGCUGAACCAGAACUGGCAGUAAGUUCAGGAGGAGGGUGUGAUGUUGCACUUCAGAUGCUUUAUGGAAAUAUGCUUAUGAAUGACAUAACUGGAAUAUGCUUUACGCUAAAUACCCCUUGCAUGGUGUCAUUAGAAAGCCUGUAAUCUACUAAGUGUGUUCAUCCUAUUUGUUUGCAUGUAUUAUUUCUAUAUCUGUAGUUAAGAGAAUAAGAUAUAAACUUAUAUCACUGAUGUAAACAUAUUAUGUGGAGGCCAUUAAAGAUGCUCCAGAAACAA